ACUCCCUCUGCCUGCUCUGCUCUGCUUCGCAUAGUUCAUCUCAUACACCUGUUCAUCAAGAUCAAGAAGAGGGAGAUCGAUCAUGGGCACGGCCACCUGCAUCGACAUCAUCCUCGCCAUCAUCCUCCCGCCCCUCGGCGUCUUCCUCAAGUUCGGUUGCGGGAUUGAGUUCUGGAUCUGCCUGUUGCUCACCUUCCUGGGGUACAUCCCCGGCAUACUCUACGCCCUCUACGUCCUCACGCAGUAGAAUCAGUUCGUCGUCUAAAGGGCUCCGAUAUGUAUUUUCUUUCCUGAUGAUGAAAAUUCCUGUGUGAAGAAGACGAAGCUCUCUGUAUAUGUA